CCAGCCGCCGCGGAUAUAUCAGCCGGAACACAGGCACUUCCUGGUAGAUGCCGCUGGCGCCGUUGGUGCGCGUGGUCUUUGCAGCUGCUCGCGUCACUCGGAUCCUGGGCUCCGCGAGCUGCACGAGCCGAGCCCGCUCGCGGGCCAGUCAUCAUGUCGCGCUACGGGCGGUACCGAGAAGGUCAGAGGAAACUAAGGUGUAUGUUGGUAACCUGGCAACUGGUGCUGGCAAAGGAGAGUUAGAAAGGGCUUUCAGUUACUAUGGCCCCUUAACAACUGUGUGGAUUGCAAGAAAUCCUCCGGGAUUUGCCUUUGUGGGGUUCGAGGACCCGAGAGAUGCAGAAGAUGCAGUUCGAGGCCUGGAUGGCAAGGUGAUUUGUGAUUCCCGAGUGAGGGUUGAACUAUCAACAGGCAUGCCUCGGAGAUCUUAUUUGGAUAGACCACCUGCCCGACAUCCCUUUGAUCCAAAUGAUAGAUGCUAUGAGUGUGGUGAGAAGGGACAUUAUGCUUAUUAUUGUCAUCGCUUUAGCCGACGAAGAAGAAGCAGAAAUAGGUCACGGUCUAGGUCACAUUCGAGAUCCAGAGGUAGACGAUAUUCUCGCUCACGGAGCAGGAGCAGGAGCAGGGGAAGGAGGUCGAGAUCGGCAUCUCCUCGACGAUCAAGAUCUGUGUCCCUUCGUAGAUCACGCUCCGCCUCCCCCCGACGGUCUGGGUCUGGUUCUGUAAAAGGAUCGAGGUAUUUCCAAUCACGGUCAAGGUCAAGAUCAAGAUCCAGGUCUAUUUCACGACCAAGAAGCAGCCGAUCAAAGUCCAGAUCUCCAUCUCCAAAAAAGAAGCCUUGUGAUGGAGAAUCAAAAAUAAAAAAGCAAGAUUGAAUGAUAAAGGAAGUGGAGGUAGCUGUAGCCGACCCUUUCAAGACAUAUGGACCGAGAUGUACGGGAUUGUCGACAGAAAACAGAUCAUUGUGUGUACUGUGUAAUGAGACGGUAGUAAGCAGAACGUGGAAUGUAGAGACAUUUUGAAACUAAUCAUUGUCAGCUCUUGAAAAAAAGUAUUGAUGAAAGGAAGGAAUACAUUUCUAGGCAGCUACACCCCUAUAAAAGUCAAUCAGAUUCCAUCAUUACAUUUGUAAGACACUCUACAAAUUUAACAUCAGCAAGUUACUGUAUUGCUCACUCCAUAGCUCAGCAUGGAAAAGCCCUCAGUGACAGAGAAUUUAUUAAGGAAACAUUUCUAAGAUGUGCACCAGCUCUAUUUCACGAUA